GUAGGGACUUGCUCUUAGACUCGUUUAGUUACUUCCCUCGACUUUUCUAAUAAGGCGUCUCGGCUUCGUCUACUUCCCAUCGUUUAGUCAGUUCCUUCGCUUUCUUCUCCUUAUAUUUUCUCCGGUGUCGUUUUCUUUAUCCUCUCAGUUCCAUUUACUUAGUUCCGCCUUUCGUUUACUUAGCUUCCUCGGUUCGUCUACUUAGCUCGCUCGAUUCGUCAAUGGCGAGCGGCAGCGAUGGUGCCGAUGGCGGGAAUGGCGUCGCGGAUCUCCCGGCUAACGGCAAGCCCCCUCUUGAGUCGCCUCACAAGAGGAAUGGCGUCGCAGGCGAGAAUGGCGUCGCAGGCGAGAAUGGCGUCGCAGGCGAGAAUGGCGUCGCAGGCGAGAAUUGCGUCGCAGGCGAGAACGGCGUCGCAGAUUUGUCCGCUUACGUCAAGCCCAUGCAGCUCUACGCGUCCCUGCACAGCCAUGGAACGCGUCUGUUUCUACCCCGCACGUUGCGUUACAGGCGGGAGGCAGCAGCGCAGCAGGAGAGGGAGGAGCGGUGGCAGCUGGAGCAUCAGCAAGAGCAACAGCCGCAGCACAUAGACACCCCAUCCACCUCCCCACCUGACCUCCCCUGCACCUGCGCCGUAUCUCUCCACAUGGCUUCCUGCUCCUCCUCCUGCGCCUUCUCCCUUCCCUCCUCCGCUCAUCCCCCCCCUUCCCUCUCCCACUCCCCCCCCUCACUACCUCCUCCUCCUCCUUCGUUCCAGCCCCUACAGUCUCACCUUAUGGUGUUCGCCAUUCCUCUCACACGCGCUCCAGUUGCUACCGCUGCUGCUGCUGCGAAUGCUACUGUUGCAGAUACUGCGAGUGCAGCAGAUGGUGCUUGUGCGAGCGAUGCUGCAGCAGAUGGUGCUUGUGCGAGCGAUGCUGCAGCAGAUGGUGCUUGUGCGACCGAUGCUGCUGCAAAUGGUGACAGCACGAGCGCUGCUGCUGCGGGCACGUGGGAGCGGUAUUCUGUGAAGAGCUCAGCAGCGAUGCUGUGCGUGCCUGUGCUGGGGAGCAGCAGUGCUGCCACUGGUAGCGGUGCUGCCAUGCGCCAUGUGAAUGGGGUGGAUGCUGCAGAGCCACAAAGGGUGAUGCAUGCCAGUCACUACCGGCAUCACCAUCACCAUCACCAUGGCCAUCACCACAACCACCACGACCACCAUCAGAAUUGCAGUCAGCAUGAGCACCACCAUGGAUCUGAGCGUGCCGUGUCAUCCCUGCCAAGACGCGUGCUGCUGCCAACCGACAGUACUGGCGGGCCCUCCUCUGUUCUCCUGCUCGUCAUCCCUCCUCAAAGCAGUGUCCACACGCCAUGUGUCAAUGGCUCCUCCCAUCCCAUGCCAUCUGCGUACACUGCCAACGCCAAACAAGCCAACCCCCAUCCCCAUUCACAUUCACAGUCGCAACAGCCUCUGGCCAAUGGAGUUGCACCACGGUUUCCCAAAGCUCGCACUGCAGCCAAUGGCAUGCUGCCAUCUGUCGACGAACCUGCCUUCUCAGCCAUGUUCGGAGGUGCAGAAUCCGAGCCUAGAAUCGUCUUCUGGGGCCACCUGUCCACCGAGCCUGUCUCUGCCGAACCUGUCUCCUCUGAGCCUGUUUCUGCCGAGCCUGGUCUGAACGUGGGGGCAUGGUUUUGGCGGCAGCGGUGCAUCAACUUGCGCCUUGGGAUGAUCAUGGAUUGCUCAGUGCAGACGGCGGCAGCACACGGCACAUCCCAGCGACCAGGUUUCUUCCUUCAGCCGCUGCCGGAUGGCGACCAGACAGGCACGGAGAUCAGCGAGCGCCUGUUUGUGGAUGUGCGCCCAUCGCCAUGCCACCCCUGCCAGCAGCGAGGGGUUUUCCUGCUGGGGAGAGUGCAGCUGCCAGUGCAGCCCUCUGACGGCGGCGCCGUGCUGUUCCACUUCUGGUUUGGCCGCGGGCAGCGCCGGUCACAAGCCGUGCGUCACUUCCGCUGCCCCAUCUGCCGCGCCGUGUGCGGCAACGCCAAGGUCAGUCAGUGCUUCGUGCCAAGGUCAGUCAGUGCUUCGUGCCAAGGUCAGUCAGUGCUUCGUGCCAAGGUCAGUCAGUGCUUCGUGCCACGGUCAGUCAGUGCUUCGUGCCAAGGUCAGUCAGUGCUUCGUGCCAAGGUCAGUCAGUGCUUCGUGCCAAGGUCAGUCAGUGCUUCGUGCCAAGGUCAGUCAGUGCUUCGUGCCAAGGUCAGUCAGUGCUUCGUGCCAAGGUCAGUCAGUGCUUCGUGCCAAGGUCAGUCAGUGCUUCGUGCCACGGUCAGUCAGUGCUUCGUGCCAAGGUCAGUCAGUGCUUCGUGCCAAGGUCAGUCAGUGCUUCGUGCCAAGUCAGUGCUUCGUGCCAAGGUCAGUCAGUGCUUCGUGCCACGGUCAGUCAGUGCUUCGUGCCAAGGUCAGUCAGUGCUUCGUGCCAAGGUCAGUCAGUGCUUCGUGCCAAGUCAGUGCUUCGUGCCACGGUCAGUCAGUGCUUCGUGCCAAGGUCAGUCAGUGCUUCGUGCCACGGUCAGUCAGUGCUUCGUGCCAAGGUCAGUCAGUGCUUCGUGCCAAGGUCAGUCAGUGCUUCGUGCCAAGGUCAGUCAGUGCUUCGUGCCAAG